GCCAAGCCCGUCUCUAGCCGCUUCGCCCUGCCUGCGCGACCGGGAGCGCCGGGGGACAUGGCUGUGCUCCGGCUCCUUCUCCUCCUGCUCCUCGCCCAGCGGGGGCUGGGGACCGCCGCCGGCCAAGGACAGGCGAUGCGCGGCCGGGAGCGGGCGCUCCGAGGGAGGCAGCCUAUUUACAAUCACAUCAAGAGUCGGGAGCCUCCGCCGGCCCCGCGGAGCCGCUCUACGGAGAGCACCAUCUUGGCGCAGCGGCUCGCCGAGGAGGUGCCCCAGGACGUGGCCUCGUUCCUCUACACGGGUGACUCGCGGGAGCUGCGGCGCGCCAACUGCUCCGGGCGCUACGAGCUGGCCAGCCUCGCCGGCAAGUCGCGCUUCACCUCGCACCCAUCCCUGCACGGGGCUCUGGACACCCUAACCCACGCCACUAACUUCCUCAACAUGAUCCUCCAGAGCAAUAAGUCGCGGGAGCAGAACUUGCAGGAGGACCUGGAGUGGUACCGUGCUUUGAUCCGGAGCCUACUGGAGGGGGACCCCAACAUCUCGCGGGCAGCUAUCACUUUCAGUACGGAGCCUUUCGCCACCCCGCAGGUUUUCCUCCAGGCCAGCAGGCACGAGAGUCAGGUCCUCCUGCAGGACUUGUCCUCCUCGGCUCACCGUCUGGCUAAUGCCUCCGUGGAAACAGAGUGGUUCCACAGCUUGAAGCGCAAGUGGAGGGCACAUCCGCACAGGAAGGUCUUAAACACGGGCCCUAAAACUUUGGAGAACAGCUGGAAGAGGCGGGAGAGCUUCGCUGCUGAUAAGAACCACAUCAGGUGGUCCUCACCGUACUUGGAGUGUGAGAACGGGAAUUACAAACCUGGCUGGCUAGUGACUCUGUCGGCGGCUUUCUACGGGCUGCGGCCAAACCUCCUCCCCGAGUUCAGAGGUGUUGUCAAAGUUGACAUCAAUCUGCAGAAGGUGGACAUUGACCAGUGUUCGAGUGAGGGGUGGUUCUCGGGGACGCACAGGUGUCAUCUCAACAAUUCCGAGUGCAUGCCAAUUAAAGGCCUUGGAUUUGUCCUCGGAGCCUACAAAUGUAUUUGCAAGGCUGGAUUCUAUCACCCCAGCGUCUUCUCAGUGAACAGCUUUCAGAGAAAGGAUGCAGAAAAUCGCUUUUCUGGCAGUGAAUUGUCAGAGGAAGUUCACACCUGCCUACCUUGCAGAGAGGGAUGUUCUUACUGUACAGAUGAUACUCCCUGCUAUGCACAGGAAGACAAGUAUUUACGGCUGGCUAUCAUCUCAUUCCAAACGCUCUGUAUGCUGUUGGACUUCAUAAGCAUGCUCGUAGUCUACCAUUUUCGCAAGGCAAAGAGCAUCAGGGCUUCAGGGCUGGUGCUGUUGGAAACCAUUCUUUUUGGAUCACUGCUUCUGUACUUCCCGGUUGUCAUUUUGUAUUUUGAGCCAAGUGUAUUUCGCUGUGUUCUCCUAAGAUGGGUUCGUCUUCUGGGCUUUGCUACUGUUUAUGGAACUGUGACGCUCAAGCUGCACAGGGUUCUGAAGGUGUUCUUGUCCCGAACUGCUCAACGUAUUCCGUACAUGACAGGCGGAAGGGUGAUGAGGAUGCUGGCUGUUAUUCUCCUGAUAGUCUUUUGGUUUCUCGUUGGCUGGACUUGUGCAAUAACCCAAAAUUUGGAGCGAAACAUUCCACUUAUUGGGCAAGGGCAAACAUCUGACCACCUGAUCUUCAAAAUGUGCCUCAUAGACCGCUGGGAUUACAUGAUGGCUGUUGCUGAAUUUUUAUUCCUCUUGUGGGGUGUUUAUCUCUGCUAUGCAGUGCGGACAGUCCCAUCAGCAUUUCAUGAGCCACGUUAUAUGGCUGUUGCAGUUCACAAUGAGCUCAUUAUCUCUGCUAUAUUCCAUACAAUUAGAUUCAUUCUUGCUUCAAGACUUCAGUCUGACUGGAUGCUGAUGCUGUUCUUUGCACACACACACUUGACUGUGACAGUCACUGUUGGGCUACUUCUGAUCCCUAAGUUUUCACAUUCAAGCAAUAACCCAAGAGAUGAUAUAGCUACAGAAGCUUACGAAGAUGAGCUUGAUAUGGGUCGAUCUGGAUCCUAUCUGAACAGCAGUAUCAAUUCGGCAUGGAGUGAGCACAGUUUGGAUCCUGAAGAUAUUCGGGAUGAGUUGAAGAAACUAUAUGCCCAGCUUGAAAUCUAUAAAAGGAAAAAGAUGAUUGCUAAUAACCCACAUCUUCAGAAGAAAAGGUGCUCUAAGAAGGGCUUGGGGCGCUCAAUAAUGCGACGUAUUACAGAAAUCCCUGAGACAGUCACCAGGCAGUGCUCCAGGGAUGAGAAGGACCUGAUGGAGCACAGUUCUGUCAAGAACACAGCCACACUGAAGAAAAACCCACAAGAUUCCACGAGUUCUGCAAAGCCAAAAGAAGAGACUUUGAAAAACAGAGUCUUUUCCUUAAAAAAGUCCCACAGCACUUACGACCACGUAAGGGAUCAAACAGAGGAACCGAAUAGCUUACCUACAGAAAGCACAGAAGUUAUAGUUGCUGAGAAUACCCUUCUGGAUUCUUUGAAUGGUAAUAAAUUAACCAAAAAUGCUCCUGAAAAAGUUGAAGCAGUCUCCACCGAAUCUGUCCCUUUGAUGUGCAAAUCAGUAAGUGCACAUAACUUAAGUGCCGAUAAGAAGCCUCUGCAUCCGAGAACAUCUGUGUUACAGAAGUCCCUCAGUGUUAUUGCUAACGCCAAGGAAAAGACUCUGGGGCUAACAGGUAAAACACAAAGUCUAGAAGAAAGCACUAAAUCUCAUAAAUCACAGCAGAAGGGUAAGGAGGCCAGCAAAAAACACUCAGCCUCUGAUAAAGGGGAGCACAAGGAUUCCCACCGGAAGAACUCUACCCAGUCUGAGGAAACAAAGAAAGCCCAUAAAUCUGGAAUUAUAAAACCUCAAAGGGUUAGUCAAACACCUGCAAAUCCAGACACAGGCCCAGGUAAGUCUCUGCACAAGGACAAUUUCGACAUAGGAGAAGUUUGUCCUUGGGAGAUAUAUGACCAAAUUCCUGGUCCUGUGCCUUCUGACUCUAAAGUUCAAAAACAUGUGUCUAUUGCUUCCUCAGAGGCAGAGAAAAACCACCCUUCCCAGCCAAAGGGCAAGACUCAUCAUAAGCUGAAGACAUCUGAGGGGUAUCAGCAGUCCAAUCAAAAGAGCUCAGAGAAGGAGGAGGCAGCCACUCGGGAGGCACAAGAGAAACAGGUCUUUGAAAAUGAGAACAAACAGACAAAUUCCAAGUCUCAGGUCUCCCCUGGGCUGAAGUGUGAUAAUGUUAAUAGAUAUACACCUAGUACCCAUGGUGGGGAGAGGGAGGAGCUACCCCAGAAAGCAGCAGAAAAGGAAAACCUCAACAAAUUGGCAGAACAGAAAAAAAAUGCCUCUUCUGAGGGAAAUGUGAUUUCAUCUGGCUCCCAUAAGCCAAGUAGUUACUUACAGCAACCUUUAGCGUCUCGAGCUGAAGUCUGCCCUUGGGAGUAUGAUACACCAGAGUUACCAAAUGCAGAAAGAAGUGUAGCUUUAUCAAACACCUCUGCUAUAAGUGCAAAUAAAACAGCAACACCUCGAAAAUAAGAGGCUUUUGGACUGAGGAGAGUAGCAACGUUGAGAAGAAAGACAACAGGAAAGACAGAGGGGACUUAGGCCAAAAGGAUCUGAAAAUUCCUAAGAAGCAUCACUUAAAUCAAGGGAAUCAGCACUACAAAUAAGUAGGAGUUAAGCAAAGUAAAUCAUCAUUAAUGUUGUUAUUUAUUUGUUGAGUGCCAACAAUGUGAUUAGCAGUGCCCAGAAUAUCAUCCGUGCUGCGAGGAUUCUCCUGUGUCCGUGAAGCAAUCUGCCUUUGUGAAAUCACUUCUCUUUGAAAAGAAAACAAAAUGCGGCGGUAACAAAUGCACAGUUUAGGUCUUAACCAAAUCAUUUCUGAAAGCCACAGCUGGCUUUCAACUCGCCCUUGGGACUUUAAAGAUCCAGCAGAAGUAGGGCACAGAAAAUGUCCCAAUGGCAAAAAGGGGUAUCGAGGAGCAGCUUAUGAAAAUGACGACUUUUCACUCGACGUAUUUAAUCUAGACAGCACUGCUAACUCAUUGCAUCCCAAACCCACAUUUUAUAGAAUGGUUGCUCUCAUUUUCCUAUUACUGCCUGUUUAAGUACAUUGUUGUGUCUCAUAUUAAAGCAUUCCAGAUUGUAUAAUUUUUUUGCAAAUACCUUUGAUAUUAUGUGACACAACAACACGUUUAUGCAAUCUGCAGAUACUUUCUUCUAUUUGCAAGUUAAAAUACCUGCUGUAGACCUUUUUUUUUGUUUAUAUGUAGAAUUGCAGUUCUCUUUCUUGGGCUGUGGGAGCCAUAAUUCAGAUUGGGAAAUUCCUUUGGGCUUUGGAGAUGAUUUUUUUUUUCCUUUCCUGUGAUUUAUAUGGUGAUUUUUUGUUUGUUUACUCUCUGCUAUUGAAAUUUAUAGUUUGAUACUGUAUUAUUCAGGGGUUUUAUACAUGGUAAGUUGCUUGUUAUGCACUUCCCUGUUAAUGCUCAUAGACUUUGUUAUUAGUGGAAACUCAGUCAUCUUAGCUGCCUAUUCUGGUAAGUCUUAGGACAACUUAUCUGUUGUUUGUUGCUAAUUGGAAAAUAUCAUCAAACAAACCAGAAUUCUUACUUUAAACAUGAAUGGCAAUGAUCUUGUUCAGUAUUUCAUACUGAGCAUAUCAUAGAAUCAUAGAAUCACAGAAUCAUAGAAUCAUAGAAUCAUAGAAUCAUAGAAUCAUAGAAUCAUAGAAUCAUAUCCUGCUAAAUAAGACAAGCAAGAAUGACAGCGAAUAUACCCCAGAAAUAAUCACCUGUUUUACUAAAACCAAACAACUCUGGGAAUUAUAUUAGCUAGCUCAUAUAGAACAACAAUGUGCCAUUUGUCCCUCUUGAAAAACCUCCCACAAUUGGCCUAUGGAGUGUGGAGAGAAGUCCAAAAUAUUACUCUUCCCCCAUAUAUGCAACUGUAAGUGAUAGUGGGAAUGAAAAUGAUAGCAUCUCUCUCCCACUCUCCAAGAUACUUUGAGAUUUUAAAAGCAAUUUAUUUACACAUACAUUUACAGUAAAAAGUACAGUGCUAAUUUUUAGUAAUAACUACAGUCCUCACCAUGCAUGGGAGCUUAAUUCAUAGAGGGACAGUUCCCAACUAUGAGUUUUAGUGAUGGUUCACCAUCAGGGCCUGAGGACAUACCGUAAAGAGUCUGAGGACUGUCACUAAUGAUAAAAAAAUCCUCAGCUAUCUAAAUGCAGCACCAGUAAGUGCUAUUCACUGGAAUUUGCUAUACAUAAAGUACUUUAAAAAAAAAAGACAUCUCAAUCCUAAAGAACUUGUGCAAUUUGAGAGAAGUGAUGGGAUACAAUGGAAGAACGUGAAAUGAGAAUGGAUGAAUAGAAUGUGUUGUUUAAUAUAUAUAACAUAUAUAUAAAAUAGAUAUUUAUAUAUGUUUAAUAUAUAUAUAUAAAUUGUCAUAUCUAAUACACACACACACCUAUGUAGUAUAAACUGAUUUUUGUGACAUCAUAGAAACAUUGGCUUAAGGUAAAAUGCAGUGAGCAGAGGGACUUAGGCAAGCUGGGCAUGGAGAGAACUUUUUUGUCCUUUAAAAAGAACAGGAGUCUAUGGGCUUGUCUACACCAACAGAUCAAGAUGCAUCUGAUCUUCCUACUGCCUCUGCUUAAGCCCAAAUCUGGAACGUGCCAGCACUUGAGCCAAUUGGGGACCAGUUGGCUCAGGUCUCAAUGCUAUCUAAACACAUUGGCCUCGUUCAUGACUCUGCUCAUUAGUUCCAGACUAACGUGGCCAAACUGCCCCAGCCUACCGGGUUACCCUGGAUGGUGCUCAAUUCCACCAUGGGGACACGCUGACUUAGAUCUUUGCUACCAUGGGCUUGUCUGACUCUUCUACCCCCCUUUUGUAGGGUAUACUUAUGGCCUAGGACAUCUGCUCUUUGCCUUCAACACACAUCUGGCCAGGACCCUUGUAACCCAGAAUCCCUGUUCACUUGUGAGAGGGCGUCAGGCAUCUGAGUCUGGGUGCUUUGGUCAUCUGUGCACCCACUUUGCACACACAGUGCCAGUGGCAUCCUACAUAACAGCCCAAACCCAGCUCUCCACUUACUCUGGAAAGAGCUGACGUUAGACACAGUGUACCCAGAUUCUCCCUUCCCAGUCCCAGACAUUCAUGGCAUUUGUCAAUAUGUUUUAUGUCAACUUCAUCUGGAUUUGAUCAGCUCUUCAGAGAGACAGAAAUCCUAAAUUUCCCUGUAUGGGGAAAAAAAAUCCAUCCUGGGAACACAACUUUCUGGGAGUCCUCCAGGAGCACACCGACCUGUGGCAGAGAUCCACAGCUUUAAACCUGCUGAGUAUGGUGACUGUCUCACACCUCUGCUGCACCUGAAGGAGGUUCUGCAAGCCAUCUCAGCAGUGGUUUGUGUGAGUGAGGUGGGGGAGACACAGCUUAUGGCAGGUUUCUCAGACUCACAAACAGGAGCUAGUGCUUGGUGGGAGCCAGUCAUUGAGGUUAGUUAGAAGUGGGCAUCCAUGGAGGGGUCAUGAGAUGUUUGUACCUACUCUCUGCCUCUUGGAGACAGGCAGUCAGAAGGAGCAGGCACCAGCCCUGGUGCCCUCAGUUGUCUUACGUUCCAUCCUUCAGCUCAAGGCUAAGUGAGGACAUACUGCCCUGCUGCUCUGCAGCAGCCGUUUUGGGGUGCAACAAGCAGCAAGGGCAACGAGAUCCACGUCAGCACAAUGUCUGCACAGUACCACUGCCCCUUGCUGAGCCCAUCAUGCAUGGCUGUAUCUGUGCCACCUCUACUUAUCUACGAUUCCUUUCUGGUUUCCCCUUUCUGUUUUUUAAAAGGUAAUUUCAUUAGAAACCCAGAAACAAAGUCUAUUUCUUGGCUGGUGCCACACAGCCCAGCUACAUGGCAAGCAAAGGAACAAUGGCUCAUUGGCCAGGGAAGGUGCUGGCUUGGAUAUUCUUGCUUGGUUUUAUUUUCUUUCAUCCUGACCCUUUCCCUCACUUCUUAAAAAAAUUCUGUUAUGGUUCUUUAGGCUUGUUGUAGUCACAUCUCCUAAGACUGAUUCAAUUGGAGAACUUUCCUUUAGAAAUAAACAAUUUUUUCCCCAGUUUAUUUAGCAACUGAUAUUUGGGCUACAGAUUCGAUUGAGACUUUAAACUGUUUCACACCUAAGAAAAUGAGGGGCCAAACUUCACUCAACUAUUCUAUUUCACUAUGAUGCUGCUAGAAACAUUGCUUAAUGAAGACAUACUAAGUUAAGCAGAAAUAAUGUUCUGAAUUUCAUUGUUUUUUCUCCACCAGCAUAUGUUGGCUAGAUUGCUUAGUUGUCUUUCUUCUGGAGUGUCAUUGUCAUUAUUCAGCCAAGAGAAGUGCAACUCUAGAGUUAAGACCUUUUCCAGCAGAUCUGUUAAGAGAAAAGAUGUUAAACACUAAGGUCACAAACAUUUGCUAGGUUGUCCUUUUAAAUGCAUGUGCGAGCUGCAUUUCUCCUUUAUUUCUAAGCCAUGGUUUAUAAAUAAUUAGAUUUAUACCAAUCUUAUUAGACUUGUAUAAUUUAUGCAAGAUUACACGCUUUAAAAUAUAAAUCAGUACACACCUAUCAUCUGCUUUGGUGGCAUCAUAGACCUGAAACCGGACAAUACUUUUCUAUUUGCUCUCCUUAGGCUUUUGCAUGCACGUGACAACAGGCAGGCCUGAGAAAACACUGCCUUUGGACUUUUAACAUUUUAGCUACUCCAAGUCGUAGAGUAUAUAAAGCUGUAAGUCUCUUCACUUUAUAAUGUGGUUCUUAUAACAAUGUUAUCUGGCAACCAACAGCAUCCACCAUGAAAUACUUGAUAGAUUUAUGUUGUAAUGUGUUGCAGCAUGUAAAUAAUGUAACUUCUCUGCAAUAAAGCACAUUUAUAUGAAA